GUCAAGCCAGAGUGUGGCCCCAAAUGAUGCGGCAGAAUUCGUUCGCUUCUGCGUCGCCUUCCGGAUCCACUGCUACUUUGAACUUAGUCUGCUGCCAGACACCCCAAGCAAUGGCAAGCCCGCUGUCGUCUUCGUCCUUGGUGGGCCAGGAGCCGGUAAGGGGACUCAAUGUGCACGGAUAAGUGAGACCUUCGGCUACCUCCACUUGAGUGCUGGAGAUCUGCUUCGAGAGGAGCGAAGCCGACCUGGCUCAGAGUAUGGCGAGCUGAUUCAAAACUACAUCAAGGAGGGGCAGCUUGUGCCUGUAGAAAUCACUGUCAAGCUGAUCAAGCAAGCGAUGGAGAAGCAUGGGUGGGCACAGGGCAAAUUCCUCAUUGAUGGCUUUCCACGCAGCUUUGACAACAUGGAUGGCUGGAGUCGGGUCAUGGGAGAUGCCGUGGACGUCCAAUUUGCUCUCUUCUUCGAUUGCUCUGAAGCCGUCAUGGAGGCCCGCAUUCUGGAGCGAGGGAAGACAAGUGGCAGGGCAGAUGACAACGCCGAGGCUAUUCGCAAGAGGCUAAGGACCUUUAAGGAGGAGUCCAUGCCAGUCGUAGAGCACCUGAAGUCCAAGGGGCUAUUGCGACAGGUUCAGUGCGAGAAGGCUGUAGAGGAGGUUUGGAAAGAUGUCCGUGCUCUUUUUGGUCCAAGUGUGGUGUUCGUUCUUGGUGGCCCUGGUGCUGGCAAAGGCACGCUGUGCUCUCAGAUUGUCCAGGCUUGUGGCUAUCAACAUCUCAGUGCUGGCGACCUGCUCAGGGAGGAGCGGAAGCGCCCAGGCUCGCAGAUGGGCGAACUCAUUGAGAAUCACAUCAAGGAGGGGAAACUGGUGCCGGCCAACAUUACUGUCGAGCUGAUCCUGCAGGCAAUGCGAGAAAAAGGGUGGGGAGGCGGCAAGUACCUCAUCGAUGGGUUCCCAAGGAGCUUCGACAACUUGGCUGCGUGGGAAGCCAUGGCUGGAGACCAGGUGCUGGUCAAGUUUGUGCUCUAUCUGGAUGUGUGCGAACAGGUCAUGGAGGCCCGGCUACUGGAACGAGGGAAGACAAGUGGUCGAGCAGAUGACAACAUCGAGUCUAUCCGGAAACGCUUCCUCACCUUCCACCAGGAGUCAAGACCUGUGGUGGACAAGUUCCAAGCAGAAGGUCGUGUCAUCAGGAUGGAUGCAGAGAAGCAUCGGGACGAUGUUUGGCGGGACGUGCAGGCCCUCUUUGGUCCGAGUGUGGUCUUCGUCUUGGGCGGGCCUGGCUCCGGGAAGGGCACGCAGUGUGCCAAGAUUGCCGAAAGCUUUGGCUACGUCCACCUCAGUGCAGGCGACCUGCUUCGAGAGGAGCGGGCACGAGAAGGCUCAGAGUAUGGCGACCUGAUCAACUCCUACAUUAAGGAGGGUAAGCUUGUGCCAGUGGAGAUCACCAUAAAGCUCAUUCAGCAGGCCAUGGUGAAGUUUGGCUGGGAGGGCGGAAGGUACUUGAUCGACGGUUUUCCCAGAAGUUUUGACAACUUGGCUGGUUGGGAAAGCGUCAUUGGAAAUUCUGUGAGGGUGAAGUUUGUCCUUUUCUUUGAUGCCUCAGAAGACACCAUGCAGGCACGGAUUAUCGAGCGAGGGAAGACCAGUGGCAGGUCUGACGACAACCUUGAGUCAAUAAAGAAGCGCUUCGCCACCUUUCAACAGGAGUCGAUGCCGGUAGUCGAACGGUACCGGCUCCAGGGCCUGGUCCGGCGAAUUGAUGCUGAGCAAGCCCCUGAAAAGGUUUGGAAAGACGUGCAAAGGAACUUCGGCCCGCAAGUGAUCUUUGUGCUGGGUGGUCCGGGUGCUGGCAAGGGCACACAGUGCGCCCGUAUCGCGGCCAACUUCGGCUUCCAACAUCUUUCGGCUGGAGACUUGCUUCGCGAGGAGAGAAAGAGGCCGGGAUCAGAACUCGGUGAGCUCAUUGAGAGCCACAUCAAGGAAGGCAAGCUCGUUCCUGUGUCAGUUGUAGUUCGUUUAUUGCAAAAGGCCAUGGAGCAAAGAGGUUGGGAGGAUGGCAAAUAUCUGAUCGAUGGCUUUCCAAGGAGUACCGAGAACAUGCAGGGCUGGAACGAGCUAAUCGGCCCGAAGGUGGACGUGAAAUUCUGCUUGUUCUUUGACUGUUCCGAAGCAGUCAUGGAGGCCCGCUUGCUUGAAAGGGGCAAGACAAGUGGCCGCUCUGAUGACAACAUAGAGUCGAUCAAAAAGCGUUUUGCAACCUACAAGCAGGAGUCUCUGCCAGUGGUUGAGAAGUUCAGCAGCGAAGGGGCAAUGCGCAGGAUCAAUGCCGAGCAAAGCCUCGAUGAAGUGUGGAAUUGCGUUCAGGAGGUCAUGCGGAAUGAGCAAGACGGGCACCUGUUGAACCAGGCCAUUGUGCUCAUAAAGCCAUCCUCCUUCAACAAGGACACGCAGCGAUUUGUGCAGUCAUUUUUCGCUACGCACAAGGCUUCGCCAUGA